GUAAUAAUGUUCAAUAAGAAAUCAUUAAAUGCAGAAGAACAUCCAGGACAUAUCUCCUCCAACAAGGAAGCAAGUAAAAGAGAGCGGAAAUAUCCUACUUGUUCAAAGGACUGGCACCAGCUUGGACAAAACUGCUAUCAUUUCUCAAAAAACCAUACCUUUUGGAAAGAAUGUGAUGGUUAUUGCACUAAUUUAAACUCAACAUUUAUUAAAGUGGAUACUACAGAUGAGAUGGAUUUUUUUAUGAAAUUGGUGAAGAUGCAAUAUUCUCCCUAUCAAAAGGUCUUUAUCAGUUUAUACUACAACAGCACACAAUCAAAGUGGUUUUUGUUCGAUGGUACAGAUUUUACCAAAAGCAGCUUUAAAAUUGGAGAACUUGCUGGAACUGGUUAUAAAUGCACAUAUAUAAUGGAUGACCACGUACGUGCUGAUGAGUGCCAAAAUUAUGGCUAUUGUACCUGCAAGAAGACAAUUUACUAAGAUCAUAUAAAUACAUAGGAAAGAAAAA